GGGCUGCUGCAGCUCGCCGCCGGCACCGGCCUCGCCGCCUACGCCGUGUGGGCCRCCGUGCUCAUGCCCGGCUUCCGCCGGGUGCCGCUGCACCUCCAGGUGCCAUACGURCCGUCCAACGCGCAGCAGGUGGCAAACGCGAUGGCGCUGCUCGAGGGGCGCUCGGGGAAGAUGGUGGACCUGGGCUCAGGCGACGGCCGGCUCGUAAUAGAGGCCUAUAAGAGGGGCCUGAGACCGGCCGUUGGCUAUGAGCUCAACCCUUGGCUUCUGCGCCUCUCCAAAUACCGGGCCUGGAARGCUGGCUGUGACGGGAAGGUUUCCUUCCUGAAGCAAGAUCUGUGGAAGGUGAAUCUUUCUGAUUGCUACAAUGUCACCAUGUUCCUGGCUCCCAGCGUGAAAUCUCCCCUAGCUGCCAAGCUCCUUGCAGAGCUCCCGGAUGAGGCCCGAGUGGUGGCCGGACGCUUCCCCUUCCCAUCCUGGACCCCAAGCAGCACCAUUGGCAAGGGGCUGGAUCAAGCCUGGGCCUAUGACAUGAAGGAGGUGCGGCAGGCAGCACAGAGCAGCGCAGAGGGAAGCCCAGUCUAACGCAGCUCAUCCAGAGCCUGGAUUUCAAGGGUCACCAGCUAAAAAGGGGCAGAGAUCAGCGUCACCACUCAAGCCUCUCCUAACCAGUUGCAGCUCAAUGGUCCGGGAUAGCAGUGAAUGGUGGAGGGGAGACGAUGUUUUAUCAGGCUCUCAUGGAGACAUACAGGAUCGCAGUCCCUCCUUGUUUUCC